UAGAAAACGACGAUAAAAUGACGAUUGCCUUGAGCUCAGCAGAUUUGAGUUCCCAAAGCCGCACAUAUGUUUCAGAUAAUUCGGCUAUAGUAUUUCAAAGGGAAGCCAUUGAGGUUGUUCCGAAGUGUAAGAGACUGAAGAUGGAGAAGAAACAUGGUCACUUUGUUCUCGUUCACGGAGCCUGCCAUGGAGCUUGGUGUUGGUAUAAAGUGAUAACUCUGCUUAAAUCAAUGGGGCAUAAGGUUACAGCUUUGGACAUGUCUGCUGCCGGGGUUCAUCCAAAGCAAUUUCAUGAGAUUCAUUCUUUUCUCGAUUACUUCGAACCAUUGAUGAGUUUCAUGGCAUCACUCCAACCAGAGGAGAAGGUGAUUCUAGUAGGUCACAGUCUGGGUGGGUAUGGCAUAUCAGCUGCCAUGGAAAGAUUCCCUGAAAAAGUUGCUGUUGCAGUCUUUGCCACUGCUUACAUGCCCAGUCCAAGUCUCCCUUAUGAAACUCUUUCUCAACAGCUCAAUGAAACAUUGGAUUCCGACAAGACCAUGGACACUGAAUAUGUGUUCCCCAAUGGAACAGAUAAGCCACCAACUUCAGGAAUCUUGGGGCCUAAUUUCAUGGCAUCCAAGUUCUACCAGCUAUCCCCACCUGAGAAUUUAACGCUUGCACUAACUUUAGUCAGACAUGUUGGCCUCUUCAAUGAUGAAGAAUCAAUCAAGGCGGUUGCGGUCACCAAGGAGAAACAUGGAUCAGUUCGUCGAGUUUUCAUAGUGUGCGGCAAAGAUUAUAUCAUGAAAGAAGAAUACCAAAGGUGGAUGAUUGAAAACAAUCCGCCCGACGAGGUGAAGUCGAUUUCGGACUCGGAUCAUAUGGUCAUGUUUUCAAGACCCAAUGAACUGUGCUCUUGCCUUCAAGAAAUUGCAGACAAAUAUACUUAA